GCGUGCCCUGUCUACAGGGGGUAACACCUCGCCCCCUAUAGCCAAAGAUGGAACCUCUUGAUCGGACCGAGAUGCCGGUACCCACAGCCACUCGGUCUUGGCAGUGUUGAGCCGAAGCCCGUUCCUCCCCAUCCAGACCCGUACCGCUUCCAGGCACCGGGACAUCACAUCGAGGGCAUCACUGGGCUGGUUCGGGGUGGAUAUAAAAAGUUGGGUAUCAUCAGCAUACUGAUGAUACCUCACCCUUGCGGCACCCCACAAACAAAGCACCUCGAGGUCGACCUCUGUCCACCUGCCAACACAAACUGCAUACGGUCAGAGAGGAAGGAGGAGAACCACCGCAACAUGGUGCCCCCCACUCCCAACCCCUCCAAUCGGUGCAGCAUGAUACCAUGGUCGAUGGUAUCAAAAGCCGCUGAGAGGUCUAAUAGGACCAGGACAGAGGAACAGCCCCUGUACCGAGCCCUCCAGAGAUCAUCAACCAAUAUGACCAAUGACAUUUCCAUGCUGUACCCUGGUCUGAAACCCGACUGGUACGGAUCUAGAUAGACAGCUUCAUCCAGGUACUGGGGAAGUUGUCGCGCCACCACACUCUCAACAACCUUUGCCACAAAGCGAAGGUUGGAGACUGGACAAUAGUUCACUAGUACAGCCGGGUCUAAGGAAGGCUUCUUGAGGAGGGGCCUCACCACUGCCUAUUUCAGGAAGGGAGGGAAGAAACCCUCACUCAAAGAAGCAUUAAUAAUCCCUUGGAGCCAGCCUCGUGUAACCGCCCGGGAGGCCAGCACCAACUAGGAGGGACACGGGUCCAAUAAACAUGUGGCAGAGCUAAGCCUCCCCAGAAUCCUGUCCACGUCCUCGGGAGUCACAAGAUGAAACUCCUCCCAGAUAACACUCUCAAGACCCACCUCCAUCACCCCAUCUGAAUCUACCCAAUCGGAGUCCAGGCCUUCCCGAAUCUGAGUGACUUUAUCAUGCAGGAAUUGCACAAAAUCCUCAGCCCUACCCUGCAAGGGGUCUUCCCUCGCUCCCAAAUGGAGAAGGGAGCGGGUCACCCUAAACAGGGCUGCUGGGCGGUUCUCUGCAGACGCAAUAAGAGCGGAAAAUUAGUUUGAUUUUGCCGCCCUUAUCACCACUAGGUAGAUCUUAAUAUGAGACCUCGCCAGUGUUCUGUCAGAUUCAGAGCGGCUGGCCCUCCAGUCACUCUCCAGGCAUCUUUUCCGGCGCUUCAUCUCCCUCAGCUCCUUGGAAAACCAGGGAGCCACCAGGGAUCGGCACCGGGUCAGAGGCCACAAAGGCACGAUGCGGUCCAAAGCUCCAGCAGCCACCCUAUCCCAGGCGGCCACCAGUUCUUCAGUUGAUUCGUGAGCCAGAGCCCCAGGGAAUGGCCCAAGCUCCGUCAGGAACCUAUCCAGAUCCAUCAGGCGCCUGGGGCGGAACCACCUUGUCGGUUCCGCCUCCCUGCGGCGAGGUGUGGUGGUAUGAAAGUCUAGUCGAAGGAGUGAGUGAUCUGAUCAUGACAAGAGUUCAAUAAUUAUAUCCCGUAUUUCUAGAUCAUUCAACCACUGACCUGAGACAAAACACAAGUCCAGAGUGUGUCCCCCCGUGUGGGCAGGGCCAUGAACUAACUGGGUCAGGUCCAUGGCUGUCAUGGAAGCCAUGAACUCCCGAGCUGCCUCAGAUGUUUCACUGACAGAUGGCAGAUUGAAAUCCCCCAUGACCGUAAGUCUGGGGGUAUCAACCGCCACCCCGGCUAUCAUGUUGAGCAGCUUGGGCAGGGCCACUGCCACGUGGCAGGGAGCCAGGUACGCAAUCAGCAGGCCCAUCUGCACCCCACGACCCCACUUCACAAGGAGGAACUCACAUCCAGCUAUCUGAGGUACAGUGGCCUCCCUCGGACAAAGACCUUCCUUAAUAACAACCACCACCACCCCGCCCCUUCCCUGAGGCCUCGGCUGAUGGAAUGCACAGAAACCUGGUAGGCACAGUUCAACAAGGGGAAACCCCCCCCUCUUGACCCAACCAGGUCUCCGUAAUACCCGCCAGGUCCGCACCCACCUCCUGCACCAGAUCACAGAUGAGGGGGGCUUUAUUUACAACGGACCUGGCAUUGCACAACAUCAACCGAAGGCCCAGGCCCUGAAAGUCUGAGCAACCCAGGGAACGAGAAGAGCAUUGGGGGCCGGAGCGUGCAAUCGCUCGAAGAUAGCGAGUGCGCACUCCCACAACAUGAUAUGGCCCCCUGCUCCCACCAUAUCUGCCCCUCCCACCCACAGUACUGAUGGAACAGCCCUCACCAGUAUGGAAUCUAGCCCCCUCCCUGACCCUCAACCCCACACCCCCAAAGCCAUAGCCCCCUGCCGGCCCCAGUCCCAACCCCGGUGGGUUACCCCCAAUCCCGCCCUGGUCAUAUCCAAAACAUCCACCUCGGCUUCGUUCUUCAACAGGGCUGCUCUUCUCUGGCUGAAGCAACUUCGAAGUUGCCUAACUUGUCCGACGCCCAGUCUCAUCAGGACCUGAAUAAGAUCUCAGCAGCCCUGGAGUAUUCAACCGACGCCACUCUCAAUGCGACCAGGUUUUCGGCGAAAUCUCUCGGUUCCACCAUAACAUCCCGUCGCCUCUUGUGGCUCCGUAGUUGGCAGGCAAAUGGCAACUUGCUUCUGCGCCAUACACUGCGGGCACCCUAUUCGGUCCGUGUUUGGAGCCUCUCCUCAUUGAGAUGAGGGACAGACACAAGAUUCUUCGUGGCAACUCCCGUUAUUCAACGUCAGCCUGAUAUCAGUCCUUUCGUUCCUCUGAUUCAUCAUCCUUCCAAUCUCGCUUUCAGUGCUCCUUUCCAUCCAGAUCUCAGCAGGACUCCCAGGUCAGACAGGGGGCUAGAUUUCCUCCCAAGCGUCCCUCCCGCAGGGGGUGGGGCCGUUUUACCCGUAGAACCAGAUAAAGGUACCUCCUCCCCUCCCAUUGGGGGCUGACUGGCUCUUUUUUCCAAGCAAUGGGAGUCCUCCACUUCUGAUUCCUGGGUGCUCUGCACCAUUUCCUUGGGUUUCUCCUUAGAAUUUAUUUCCCCCCCUCCUUCCAGGUUUCUUCCCUGUCCAGGUUCACAGGAUAGGUCCAAGCGGGACUUGCUUUCCGCUGCUAUUGCCCACCUGCUUCUCAUCGAGGCCAUCCAGUAGGUUCCCCAGUCACAACGGGGUCAGGGGUUCUACUCCCGCCUUUUUCUCGUAAAGAAGUCCUCCGGCGGGUGGAGAGCCAUAUUAGAUCUCAAAUCCUUGAACCGGUAUAUAAUUUAUCACCGGUUCAAGAUGCAAUCCCUCUUUUCAAUCCUUGAAUCUGUACGACCUGGGGAUUUCCUGUUCUCCAUAGACCUGACGGAGGCCUACCUUCAUGUACCCAUUCUACCCGCCCACCGCCAAUUUCUCCAUUUUUGUUUUCUUGGUCACCACUACCAGUAUAAGGCCCUUCCCUUUGGCCUCUCCUCGGCCCCUAGGGUGUUUACGAAGAUUAUGGCUGCCCUUAUUGGCCACGUUCGUUCUCAGACUAUCCGGGUCCAAUUCUAUUUGGACGAUAUUCUCAUUCUUUCUAUGUCCCUUUCUAAGGCACAGGAUGAUCUUGCCAUGGUUCUCUCCACCUUACAGAACCACGGUUUUUCUAUCAAUUGGUCGAAAAGCCACCUCACCCCUUCCAUCAGCAUACGUCACCUGGUGGCAGUCAUCGAUACUGAGUUGUCUCGUGUUUCUCUAUCCCCCGACCGGCAGGAUAGUCUUAGGUCCUUGGCACUCAAAUGUAUGUCCUCCAGUUCAGUUACUGGAGCUGUCUCGUCUUUUGGGCAAGAUGGUGUCUAUGUUUGGGAUUACCCCGUGGUCUCGCUUACACAGCAGGGAACUUCAGUGGCUCCUGCUUCCAUACCAGAAGGCCCAACGCGACAAUUCGCUCUCACGUCUGCAGCUGCCAGAUCCAGUCCUCCGAUCCUUACAAUGGUGGACCUCCAAUGCCAUCUCUCAGGGCACUUGCUACAGGGAACCGCAUCACGUUCAGCUUACCACCGACGCCAGCCUUACGGGUUGGGGUGCCCAUCUCCUUCAUCUCAUGGCGCAAGAUCAGUGGUCCGUGAGAGAGAGCCUCCUCAAUAUCAACUUGCUAGAGUUGAGGGCUGUUCGUCUCACCCUCAGCCACUUUCGCUACCAAGUAGCGGGCAAAGAUGUCUUGGUCCUUAUGGACAACACCACUGCCAAGGCCCACAUCAACAGAUUGGGGGGCACUCGCUCCCGGUCCCUCAUGGCAGAGGCUCUUCAACUAGGCCUGUGGGCAGAGGAACACCUGAAUUCCAUCAAGGCGGACCACAUUUCAGGGUCAGCAAAUAUCCAAGCGGACGCCCUCAGCCGGAACCUCAUGGAUCACAGGGAGUGGAGCAUUCCACCAGAUCUCUUCCUCGAAAUAUCAGCCAGGUUCGGGACUCCCCUGGUGGAUCUCUUCGCCUCAUCGGCCAACCACCAGGUUCCCCGAUACUUCUCCAGGUAUCCGGAGCCCAGGGCCGAAACUCUCUCCGCAGCCGUGGCCAGCAGGGCUGCUAAAGGCAUUCCCGCCCAUCCCGGUGAUUCCCAGAGUGAUCCGGAAGCUCCUAGAAGCCAGGGCAGAGCUGAUCCUCCUGGCUCCUUACUGGCCCCAGCGGCCUUGAUUCGCGGACUUAAUGUCCCUGUCUGUGGCUCCUCCUUGGCGCCUACCAGAUUCCAAGGUGCCUCUGACUCAGGGGUCCCUUCAUCAUCCGGAUCCAACGUGGCUUCGCUUGACUGCCUGGCGGUUGAGCGGCUCAUCUUGAUGGCUGCCAACCUUCCUCCGGACGUCAUUGCCACCAUCCAGGCUGCUCGCCGUUCCUCCACAAUGUGUAUAUAUGAGGCCACUUGGCGUUCCUUUUCCGCUUGGUGCUCCAGAGCUUCUCUCUCUCCUACGACAGUCACCAUCGCUCACGUGUUAUCCUUCCUCCAGGACGGUCUCAAGACGGAUCUAGCACCUAAUACCCUUCAGCGACAGGUGGCAGCCCUAGCGUCAGUCCUGGCAUUCGGUUCCACCGAAUCACUCUCUCGGCAUCCUAUUAUCCGGAAUUUUCUUCAAGGGGCUGCCAACCUGCGUCCUCCAGUUGUCCACCGCUUUCCUACCUGGAACCUCAACAAGGUCCUCAACGCCUUGACGGCUUCUCCGUUUGAGCCCCUUCGCGAGGUUUCUCUUCGUCUCCUUUCCUUCAAGGUACUGUUUCUGGGGGCGAUCACGUCAGCUCAACGUAUUUCCGAGCUGGCGGCCCUUUCCAUCUGGGGGGACCUUUGUGUAUUUCACAAGUUCUCUGCCUCGACCCCACCUUCAUCCUGAAAGUGAACUCUACCUUCCACCGCUCUCAGGAGUUUCUUCUCCCAAAUUUCUGCUCGGGUCCUUCACAUCAACUCGAACGCUCAUGGCAUACCUUGGACGUCUGCCGGGCUCUGAAGGUCUACAUCUCCAGGACGGCUUCAAUCCACAAGACGGAAGCUCUCUUCGUGGCAUUCCAGCCUGCAAAUAUUGGUUCCCAGGUUUCGGGUCCUGCCUUGGGUUGGUGGCUCAGAGCCACUAUCACCAUGGCCUACCGCCAUUUGGGCAUCCCUGUGCCAGGCCACAUCACGGCCCACUCAACCAGGAGCGCCGCCACUUCCGUGGCUUGGUCGACCCAGGCAUCUCUGGAGGAAGUCUGCAAGGCUGCCACAUGGACCAGCAUCAGACCCUUCAUUCGCAACUAUAUGCUGGAUUCCUUUGCCUCAGCUGAGGCAUCCUUCAGUUGCCGGGUUCUGCAGGCGGUUCACCGUUCUUAGUGGCGGCCAGAUCCGGAGUGUCCCUCCCUGGAUGACAUGGUGCUUUGCAAACAAGAUGGUCAGGAACACAGAAACAUCCUGAGG